UCGCGGCACCAGUCGCGUGUUUUAAGCUGCCUGUUGGCUCGGUGUUCUAUUCCUGCGCCAGCAAGAUUGUGAAACUCGCCGGGCGUUAUCGUUCCCCUCCCACAGAAGGUGGCCGAUACCUCGGAAAAAGUAGAGAGGGAUCUGCGAAGGCUCCGCAAGGCUGACUAUAUCUAUGAAAGACCCUCAAACACACGCACACACAGGAGACAGAAUACGCCGCCCCGACAUCAUUUCCCUCCUGGGCAUGCAUUACCAAGAACUUGUAGCCUACUCGUGGUGCCGUCACGGUGUUGUCUCGUGGCUGAUGGACAAGGAAGCUAUGCGAAGCGGACAUACGAACGGAGUGACGAGAAGCACGAAGAGGAGAAGUCGAUGAGAGGACUGUGGACGGCAGGAAGUCGACUGUGAGGGGCGCGGACUUUGUUCUUUGUUUCAUUUCCUUGACAUUCACAGCGAGCAUACCAAAGCAGCCCGACGCCGACCCGGUGGAAGACACUAUGCAGGCGAGGUCUGUGGCCGAGCUUCUCGUACCUUCUCGUGGCCUUGCACCAAUGACAGCGCUACAUCCGAAGCCCACUGUGCCUAAAUAGGACUCAGCCAUAGAGGACUGUAUUGCCCUCAAGGUCCCUUCCGUCUGAGUCAAGCUCAGGUGACGGCCGUCUUUUGUUUUGAUUUUUAACUUUUGAUGUUGACGACCGGAAACCUCCCAGCGGCUUUUAUCCCAUGAUCCCCUCUGGGAAGGACGGAAGGGCGGCAGAGUAUCAGGAAGUGACGUGCUGAAGAAGAUUCUUUCCAAUUGUGCUGGACGUACCCUUCCUUCCCCACCCCUCCUAACUCCGGUCGAGCCCAGGCAUGCUGUUCAGGAGGAAACUGUGUGUGGGGGCCCUGCUGUGCGGGAUUCUGUUCAUGAUCGCCGUGCACACCAUCCAGAAGAGCAGUCUCCUGCCCCUGGCCAUGGCGGAGACGCACCACGCCACCGCGAGGACCCCUGUUAGGAUGCCCGUUAGGAUGCCCGUUAGGAUGCCGACGCAGCCGCCCCCGACCACCACCGCCCCCGCCCCCCGGCGGGGAGGGGCUUGCGCCUGCCCCUCGUGCGUGUCGGACGGAGGGCGGUCCGAGUGGUUCGAUCAGCACUUCGACCCCCAGCAGCAGCCCUUUCUCACUGCUGGAAACAACAGCAUCGCCCCUCUCACCCUGAGGUGGUGGCUGGCCCUUCAGCGGUCAGCAGAACCGCUGAAAAUCGAGGAGGUGAUCCAGAGGAUGUUCCAGGUGAUCGCCAGCCCAACACAAGACUGGCUGCCCCGGGAGACCCGGUGCAGGACGUGUGCCGUGGUCGGGAACUCAGGAAACCUGCUGGGCUCGCGCUAUGGCCCUCUGAUAGACUCCCACAGCAGCGUGAUAAGGAUGAACAAAGCCACUACCACCGGGUUCGAGGAGGAUGUGGGGAACAGGACCACGCACCACUUCAUGUACCCAGAGAGUGCGGUGGACCUGCCGCACGGCGUCCACCUUGUGCUGCUGCCCUUCAAACUGAGGGACCUGCAGUGGGUGGCCAGUGCCUUGUCCACGGGGGAGAUCAAAACGACAUACAUGAGAGUCAAAGAGCGGGUGCAGGCUGACAGAGACAAGGUGAUUGUCGUGAAUCCAGCCUUCUUUAAAUACACCCACGACAAGUGGACGGAGCGCCACGGCAGGUACCCAUCCACCGGAAUGCUGGCCAUAAUCUUCGCUCUGCACAUCUGCGAUGAGGUGUCCGUGUUCGGCUACGGGGCCGAUCACCAAGGCAACUGGCACCAUUACUGGGAGGACAACAAGUUUGCCGGCGCUUUCCGGAGAACCGGCGUACACAACGCGGACUUUGAGACGCAGAUUAUCCUGAAGUUGGACGCUGAGGGCAAAAUCAAGCUGCACAAGAGAUAAAAGGGGGGGGGGGGGGGGGGGG